UUUUGCCAAUACAAUAAUGUCGGCUUUCUUUAAUCUGAGUUCAUCCACCUCACUCCUUGCAUCAAAAACUAUUGUCAAGUUGUACUCAAACUAUAGCAAACAUAUUGCGAGCCCUGAAAAGAGAAUGCUGUAUAUUUGUCGAAGCAGAAAUCCUGUAAUUAAGUGUAGUGGGAUUUCACCUGUUUUCCAAGACACGAUCGCUAGCCAAGGUGUGGAAAUGUGCACUCGUGAUGGUAUCGGCAUUGUCCAGUUUCUUACAGGAAAAUCCUUUCUUAUUACUGGUGGAACAGGCUUUCUAGGAAAAGUUCUGAUAGAGAAAAUACUACGAACAGCUCCUGACGUCAGCAAGAUAUUUGUCUUGAUCAAGGCUAAGAGCAAAGAAGCUGCAGCACAAAGAUUGAAAAAUGAAAUAAUUGAUGAAGAAGAACUAUUCAAGGGGCUCAGGCAAAUCCAUGGAAAAUCUUAUCAAGCUUUCAUGCUGAGCAAGUUGGUUCCCGUGGUCGGAAACGUGUGUGUAGAUGAAGAUGAAGCAAAUUUCAUAGCCAAAGAGGUUGAUGUAAUCAUCAAUUCUGCAGCUAAUACCACUUUUGACGAAAGGUAUGAUACAGCUCUUGAUAUAAACACUCUUGGACCUAAGCGUACAAUAGGUUUCGCCAAAAAAUGCGACAAACUAAAGCUCUUCCUACAAGUAUCAACAGCUUAUGUGAAUGGACAAAGACAAGGAAAAAUCAUGGAAAAGCCUUUCUGCUUCGGUCAAAGCAUACACACAUCAUCACUUCCCAAAUUGAGUAUUGAAGAUGAAAUAAAGCUAGUCUCACAAUCAAAUGAAUCUCAAAAAAUGAAAGAGCUGGGGAAACAUAGGGCAAACUCAUUCGGUUGGCAAGAUACAUACGUAUUCACAAAGGCUAUGGGGGAAAUGAUGAUAGAUAGUCUAAGAGGCGAUAUACCAGUCGUCAUAAUUAGACCAAGUAUUAUCGAGAGCACUUACACAGAACCUUUCCCUGGAUGGAUCGAAGGAAACAAGGUGAUGGAUCCAUUGAUACUAUUUUAUGGAAAGGGGCACCUAACGGGAUUUCUAGGAGAUGACGAUGGAGUUCUUGAUGUAGUUCCAGCGGAUAUGGUUGUCAAUGCAACCUUGGCAGCCAUGGCGAAACACGGGACAUCUGCAAAACCAGGAUGUAAUAUUUACCAGGUUGCUUCAUCUGUUGCAAACCCCUUGUUUUUAAAGGAGUUGGUCCAAUUUGUCUACCAACAUUUUACUUCAUCACCGUUUAUCGACUCAAAAGGGAUUCCAGUUCGUGUGCCACCUCUACAGCUCCACAUGUCCAAGGAAGAUUUCUCCACUUACCUUUUGAGGCAUACAAAGAAUCGAACUGGACUAGGAAAUUUGUCCAAAACUGACGAGAAGUUGUCUCGUAAGCUCAAUAUCAUCUGCAAAAAAUUAGUCGAGCAGGCAAAUUAUUUAGCAGAUGUAUAUGGACCCUACACUUUCUACGGUGGAAGGUUCGACAACAGCAACACCAAGAGGUUAAUGGAAUGCAUGUCGGAGGAAGAAAUACAAACGUUCGGAUUUGAUGUUGAGAGUAUCAAUUGGAAAGAUUACAUCACGAAUAUUCACAUUCCAGGUCUGAGGAGGCAUGUAAUGAAAGGAAGAGGUCUCAACUGAAGAAAGAAAUCGCAUAGCAUUUUCAAUUUUUUUAUUCCAACUUGAGUACUUCCCUGCAAGAACAGAUAAAACGAAAAACUUCCUGUUUGUGGUUCGAUGCAAUAAAUUAGCCAAAAUAUUUAACAAGAUCAAUAUUUACGAAUGGCAAAUCGCAUCCAUUCUAAUCUCAUAUAUAUAUAUAUAUGUCACAAAAAAUGUAGAUACAUCCCUAUUCUAUACAAUAGGCAUCUAUAACCAGACUAGCAGCACAAUCACGAGAAAAAUAAGA